AUGUCUGUAUCUCACGCCCCCGCCACCACCGACUCCUUCUUUGGAGCCUCGGAGGCCAAAACUCCUUCCGAGGCCAUAUCAAUCCUCUACGGGGUGCUCGAGGACCCAUCAUCCUCCACUGAGGCCCUGCGCAUCAAAGAACAAGCCAUCAACAACCUUGCGGACCUCCUCCGGCAGGAGGGCCGGGCCCAUGACCUCCAGAGCCUCCUGACCAAGCUCCGCCCUUUCUUCUCUCUCAUCCCUAAGGCCAAGACGGCCAAGAUUGUCCGUGUCAUAAUCGAUGUCGUGGCCAAGAUCCCUGGCACAUCUGACCUCCAAAUCACCCUCUACAAGGAGAUCGUCCAAUGGACCCGUGCCGAGAAGCGGACCUUUCUCUGCCAGAGGAUUGAGGCCUGGCUAGCAGCCCUCCUCCUUGAGAACAAGGAGUAUCCGUAG